GAGCAUCCUCUACACUUCCAGCAAUAGCUUGAAGGAGUUGUUGAGUUUUUUGGGUGACUUGGAAGUGAACCGGUUGGCACUCUUCGGCUGAACAACUUUGUCACUGAUCUAGAUCACCAUCAAGUCAAUCAUGCGCAAAGCAAGACAAACAGCUAAGAUGCAGCAGGAUCCAGGAAAUCCUAUGCCUUAUCCCCAAUUCGGCUAUCCACAGCCAAAUCUUCCAACACAACCAGACCCAUCAAUGUAUAUGACUGGACCUCAAGCUGGCAUAUACAACCCAGCUGCUCAGGCUCCAUUGUCUCCAAACUACUACCCUCAACAAGGAAUGCCAUUUAUGCCAGUUGGUGGUGGCAAUGAGCAAAACAACUUUAGCAUGCCCACACAGUUUUUACAGAACCCUGUCAUGGCCAAUAUGGCAAUGCAGUAUGGUCAGAGUCUUAUGGGUCAAGGCAAAGAAGCAUUAGAUCGCGAGUUGAACAAGUACGUUUCGACGUCGCGGAUAAAAUACUACUUUUCAGUCGACACAGCUUACGUCGCAAACAAACUGACUCUUCUUGUAUUCCCUUUCACGCAUAGAGACUGGUCGGUCAAGUAUAAUCCGGACGAACCAGUCCAACCUCGUUAUGAACUGAAUGCACCUGACCUUUACAUACCUGCAAUGGCAUUUUUCACAUAUUUAUUCAUCAGCGGAAUAUCACUUGGCAUUCAAGAGCGAUUCAGUCCCGAAGGAUUAGGCAUUCAGGCCAGCACAGCAUUAAUCUGGACGCUCCUUGAAGUUUUCGUCGUUUGGGUGACGCUUUACGUUAUGAAUAUUGAAACGAAACUUAAAUCGUUUGACAUUCUGGCAUUUUCGUCCUACAAAUACGUCGGAAUGAUUGUUGCUCUGGUCAUUAGCUUCAUUAUGCCAUCGGCCUAUCAUUUCGCCCUCAUUUAUGUUAGUGCAGCCACUAUGUUUUUCUUGAUUCGUUCGCUAAGAGUUCAGAUAUUACCAGAGUCAUCGCGUGACGGGUAUGGAGAAAACCAUGCUAAUUUCAGCGGGGAGGGCUCCAAACGCCGGAACUACCUUUUGGUUUUCAUGGCAGCGUUGCAGCCGCUUAUGAUGUGGUGGUUAACUCGACAACUAGCACGUCCAUUAAUAAUGUCACAAUAGAAAGAAUGGAACGCUUCCCUAUUUCAUCUGAUUGAUCAGUCUCUUCUCCUGGCGUAUUUUCGUUUUCAGAUGUUAUAAAUUUUUGCCAAGACCUAUAUUCUGAAUGCAAUGUCAUUUGAAAAAUUUAAAAUAAACUCGAAAGUUCUUUAAAACCAA